ACCGGGCGGCUCUUUGGAUAUCCUGGGUAAUGGUGGUGGCAAACUUUACAUGUAGGCUAGAAUAGAAGUUAAAGACACAGAUAGUACCUAUCGACACGCGACAAUCCUGGUUAAAUGUAUCUAACUCCAGCAAUUUGCACUAAAAUCUAUAGAAAGCUGGUUUUCUUUCUUUAGUCUCCCCCUCGCCCUGCCUGAGUAUGGAUUCCAAAUACAUGUUGGAGCAGUCGUCGGUUGGGACAAGGGUCGGUGGUGCGGAUUUUAACUGCCGAGGAGGCCACUCGGUGCUCCGCGACACCCGGGUGGAGAAAAACGGUCCCGUGCCGGUGUACUCCAACGGGCCCGUCUUCUACAAAUAUGUAAUGGACGCCGGCUCGGUGUCGGAGGUUAAAGGCGAGCGAACGUCUCCUAAAGGGAACGGACUGUCUCCGGGUGCUCGAAUAUUGCACGACGUGGAAAAAACUGGCCUUGGGGACCAAAAAGACACUGGCUCCUCUGGGAUCUUGAAGAGGGCCAGUCCGACUCACUGCCCAGGCAUAAACGGGCAGUCGCCAGGCGGCUUCAUGCACUUGGACAUCAGGAACCCAGGGAAACAGGCAGAGCUGGCCAACAACUUCAGGGCAGCACAAGGGCGGAACGUACCACCGACAGAGAGACAACCCCUCUCCUCGUCUCACAUCCCUGUCCCCAGAAACAGGAAGCCCUCAGGUCAUGCUGAUAAGGAGGUGAUGGCAGCCACUGUCCUGACCUCACUGUCCACAUCCCCUUUGGUGCUCUACCCUUCCUCUGCAGCUACAGUCCCAGAGCCAGCCAGCAGGGCUUGGAAAGAGGUGCUAUCAGAUAGCUACAGCAGUUCGACCAGUGGCAACUGGAGCUGGGAUGCCAGCGACCAAUCAGUGCCCUCCACACCGUCCCCGCCGCUAUCCAACGAUACCAACAAGAACUUCCUGCUCUCGUCCCAGGGCGAUGAUGUCAUUGAGGAUGUUGCAGAGAGCACGCACUUCAUGUUUGAGGACCCCAUACCUCGAAAGCGUAAGAACUCCAUGAAGGUGAUGUUCAAGUGCUUGUGGAAGAACUGUGAAAAGGUCCUCAGCACCUCCUCAGGGAUCCAGCGACACAUCCGCACCGUCCACCUGGGGCGAAACAGCGACUCGGACUACAGUGAUGGAGAGGAGGACUUUUACUACUCAGAGAUCGAGGUCAACAUGGACAGCCUAACGGAGGGCUUGUCCAGCCUCACACCCACCUCCCCCACCACGGCCGGCCCUCCGCCUGUCUUCCCUCCACCGCUCACCGCUGUCCCUCACUCUGAACACAUCAGUGUGAAUGGAUCGCAGAGCCAUGCCCCGACACCGCUCAGUCAGUCAGCUCCCUCCACGCUCUGCCACAUCCGCACUGACCACGCCUACCAGGCCACUGCUCCAGUGAGUAUCCCAGUGGGUCCUGAGCUGGCUGGGUUAAGCAAUGGUAAUGGGACCGGGCCUGGAAUUGGGACUGGGAACGGCAUCAGUGUGUCGUGGCAAUCCCCUCCUGUCAUUUUCAAAGGCGUCCCGGGGCCUGUGACUCAUGUCCGGACAGUUAGCAUCGGCGAAAAGAGGCAGCCGGCAUCCAGCACACACGCCACUGUUAACAAGAGCCAUGCUUUAAUAACGCCGGCACCGAAAUCAACACCAGGAACCAGGAAACCCCGUGGGGAGGCGAAGAAGUGCCGAAAGGUGUACGGCAUGGAGAAGAGAGACAUGUGGUGCACAGCCUGUCGCUGGAAAAAAGCCUGUCAGAGAUUCACCGACUAAUCCAGUCCCCUCUUUCCCCGCGUCCGUGAGAUGAGCUCUUCCUCACUUGGAGCGACAGCUGUAGGUGGACUCUUCCACUGAGGAGACGAGGGGAGAUUUUCUUCAUGAUGGAGCUCUCAGUGCUGCUUCCUCCAGCCCAGCAGGGGGUUCGCCUUCUCUCUUUUCCGUUUCCCAACACAAAAGAGAAAAUAAAACUAGUGGGUAAAAACAAACAAAAAAAAAACUGUGCAACUUUAUGCAGGUUUGGAGACUUUUUCUAAGACUGAAACAUUUUCACGCACGAAUAAGGAAAACAUUUAAAUUGGAUCCUUCUGAUUUGAUUUCUUUUUUGGUUUUUCUCUUGCCAUUUUUCACGGCCUCAACUCAAGGCAAAGUUUUAAGACUACAGAUAAGCUUUUUGGUAUACUCUGUUGUUUUAAGGAGUAUCAUGUAGUCUACUGUUUAUGGGUAGGAUCAUGACUCUUUUUUUGGAGGUUUGAAGGUUAACACCAGAUUUGCUCGGUAAGACCUCUGUAGCAUAUCCGUUCUUUGUUGUCACUGUUUAAGGGACUUCAAACCUACCAAAGGCAAGCCGCCUGUUCACUUACAGCUGUUUAGGUGUAAGCCACAUCCUGAACCUAGCAUCACUGUCUUCUGCAGCCUUACCAGAUAUCGACUUUAUGUUCACGUGCAUAUUGUUCAGCAUCUACAACCUGUUCAUUAAGCGACUUCAUUACAGCCAGCUACGCUUCUUGUAACUUUGCAAAAAUGCACAAAACCCUCACACACAAGUGGUACAAAAUGUUUGCCCUUGACUUUCCAAAAACAUAUUUUUAAGAGAUGUACACAAUAUAUGAAAUAUCUCUUCUCUAUACUUGUACCCGAGAGAUAAGCACCUUGAAGAAAUAAGUCAUCUUUUAGAGUAUCACUGAAACCACAGCGUAUGCCUGAGAGAGUUUAUCUAUUUCUUAUAUAGAGUUUAUUUUCAGCAAAGACUUGCUGAAGCAACUAGCAGUUGCACUGUGCAAUCAGCAUGAUUACAGCAUUUAUUAUUGUCUUGUGUGGUUGUCAUUGUUAUUGAGGCGAGUUGAGGCUUUUCCUUUGACAGCGGAUGUUCUUAAGGUUCACUGUUUACCACAGUGAAUGAUACAUGAAUGAAAACUGCCCUUUGAAACUUUAACUUAAAGUCUGACUGAUGUAACUUGUGUAUGUAGGUGAAUAACCCAACAAUCAAGACCUGACGAUGAGUCAGGCAUCCCGAUUGACUUCUUACUGUUUUAAAUAGAUAGGUAACUAUCACUAACCAGCACUGCAACAUUUGUAGAUACCAAACGUCGUAGGAUUCAAGAUGUUUUCCUGAUUCCAUGUUUUUAGUAGAUGUUGUGUCACUCUGGUUCAACAUUUGGAAAUGAAACGUGAGUAUCAAAUCAUGUCAGUGCCGAGCAGCGGUGUAGGUGGUUGACUGUAAAGUGAUUAAUAUGUGAGUGAAGCAAAAGUUAAAAAUUAGGAAAAAACAAACAGUGGAAGUAAGGAGUUUUUAGACUAGACCUGUAAUACUAAAUGGCAGACCUGCUAUUCCAAGCUUUAGCUGAAAUAUAGGUGGUAGAUUUUUCGAUAGUUAGAUUUUUUUAUAUAUAUAUUUCCCUUUCACCUGUAUUUCAGAAAAAAAUAUAUUUGACAAUAUUGGCCAAUAUUUGAAAAAAUAUCACCCUUAAAAAAUUUAAAACCUCUUUUUUUUGUACCCCUUUUGCGUUUAUGUUAGUCAUCCAAUAUAUAUAACUAUAAAAGAAUAAACAUUACAAGCAUUUAGUCUUUCAGAGAUUAUUUCUAAAUGUUUUGAAAAGACACGGGAGUGUUCCUACAAAAGACAAACACAGUAAGAGAAGUCCACUAGAUUAGCUUCUUUUCUUGUUCCCGAUACCGAUUCCAAUACCUGAAUUUGCAAACUGGAUGAUAGUGAGCACCGAUCUGCUACCAUUGCAUUAAAAAAAUAAAAUUACAGCUGUAUACUUCUGACUCUGUAUAGAUAUGAAACUGGAAUUUGCAAACGGCUACCUGUAAUCAAUUCUUCUUUGUUGGUCUAAAACAGUAGUUGCCACAGUGCAACCUGCAGUGUGAGCUGCUGUUUCAGGGCAGUGAAGAAGAAUUGACUUUUGGGAAAAGUGCCGUUGUUAUCCACUUGUUAAACUACUUUCAACUUAAUAACUAAAUUACUUGUUAUCGGACUGGUGCGCAGACUCGCAUGCUCAGCGAUACAUGAUCCAGCAUUUUAGGCAGCAUGGUACUGGUAUCGUCAUGGGAACAACUCAGCUGUGAAGGUUUCCAGUUCAAGACACCUGCACACCUGCAGGGUGAGUUUUAUCUGUAAAUGUCAAACUUAGACAUUGACAACUUACUCUUAUUGGUGAUGAUAAUGAUAAAAGUGAAAGACAGAAUUAACCACCAGUAGUCAGUUAAUGUUUUUAAGCAAUUCUUUUCAUUUCCCCCUCAUUAGUAACUUAAACUUGCUCUGAGUCGACUCAGUAAAGACAAUACUGAUAUUUUCAACAUGAUAACCUGUAUCCCACAAACUAGUCAAGUCAGUUUAUUCAUUAAUAACUCCCAAAGUCACAAAUUUGCCUCCAAGGGCUUCACAAGCUCUACAACAUUUGACCCCCCUUUAUCUUUAAGCCGUCAUCAAAUAAAGAAAACCUCCUCAACAUGUAUUUUUCUGAUCUGCUCUCAGAGUCGUGACGGCAGAUGUUUUUUGAAGAGAUUCAUCCUUGUGCUGCGUGUCAGCAGCCUUUUGAAUGUAGAUUCUGCUGUCUGUCCUCUACUCUCCAAGCGCUCCUGACACUGACCUGACCUGAUCACCAUAGCAACGCAUGACAAACACACACGCACAAACACGGCGCCUGUCCUCUCCUUGAUGAGCAGGCAGUCGAGCAUUCGAGCUGACUCCUUGACUGAGGUACAGUACGACUUCAGACCUCUGUCGCCAUAGAAACACCUGUGCUUUCCCCCACGUCGCCGCAAGGUCACUCGUGUUGUCUGUUGCUGUGCUGAUAGCACGUUAGAGGCGACCAGUUCUCGAUGAAAGCCGGGAAGCUGUUACUGGAGUCAAACGUUUUAAGCACACGUUAGUAGUUAAUAACGUCACAUUUAGUUCCCGUCAUAAUCCGCCCUUUUGUUUUUCUGAAAAUAAAUGAUCCUGCCUGUAAAUCGUUUAUUCCAGUGGCAUCCCAGAUAAGCUUCCGGUCUCUUCCGGUCAGAAACUUCACAAAGUGCCAAUGAAAAGAACAUUAAAAGGAAAAAAAGGUAUACUGACCUAAUGAAAUUGCACUACGUUGCACUGCGCAAAGACAUGUUUUUAAUACAUGGACAUUUUCUAUACACAAAUUUUGAAGUGAAAGGAUUUUUUUUUCUUUUUCAAGGGGUGGGAGGGGUGUCGUCACUGCCCGAUGGUUUAAAUGGGGUGUCAGGGAUAGGGGGUUCUGUACCUCUGGGGUCCCCCAUUAUAAGCACGUGAUCUUGACAGUUCAUGUCUUGCUCUCUGUGUCGGAUUUAUUGUACUAAACAUACUGGCUGUUGUAGAAGUGUGGUACUGGGAAGUACAGUGUGGUACUUAGGUAGUCACUUUGCCUUUCCUUGGAGGAGUGCCAAGGGCUGAAAGCAGCACCUGCCUUGUCUCAGUGAUGGGAAAACACCGGUCUCAGUCAGUGGCUGCGCAUUAAUGUCUUGAUAACAGAUGCUUUUACAGUGCUUUAUUGCCUGGAGUUUUUCUCUCUCUCUCUCACACACACACACACACACACACACACACACACACACACACCAUCUUUGUGCUUCCUUUCUUAUUUACAUUUUACUGAGCUGAGGUAGUAACUGUGUAGAUACUGUUAUUAGUGCUGGAUACCACUUUUAAUUCUGUUAUCUCCAGUUUGGUCGUUGACGGAGUGUCGAGUGCAGCCCAUCAGGUCUCUCUCCAUCUUCAGUGUGAACACGUUUCCACCAGCAGGGUUAGAGGCCGAUGCCUUUGCUGGCAGUGAAUGUCAAUGUUGGCACUUGUUAAAGGGAUAGUUCGGAUUUUUUUAAAGUGGGGUUUUAUGGGGUUCUUAACCAUAGUCAGUGGAUUACAUAUCGUUGAUGUCUACCUGUACGCCCCCAGUUUGGAGAAGCUGUAGGAUUGCAAACACGAAAGUUAAAACAAUGUAUAGCUUCAGAUGGGGGCCAGCAACAAAAUGUAAUUUAGCCACCAAAAAACAAUCUAAAACAAUUAGAGUUAACGCUGAGACCAUUGUCCUACCUUUCCUUUUUGUCAGACAUUGCGGCUUCAGUUCCCCAUCCAUGUUCUCCUUAAAGUCACCAGACUCCAUUGAGAAAAACAGUCAUUUUAACUCGCUGAAUACAGGAGUUGCUGGUCUGCUGCUGCCUCUAUCAGUUGGUUUGUUUGUGUAAUUGUGUGACUUCGGUAAAUCUGAACUAAACGUAUUAAAUGCUGAAGUCGCACAAUAACACAAAGAAACUCACAGAUGCAGGCAGAGGUCGACCAGCAGCUCCUGUGUUCAGCAGCGUUAAAUUACUGUUUUUCUCAAUGGAGUCUGGCUUUGAAGAGAGCAACACGAAGGCUUCAUUUUGACACAGAAAAUCAAGGUAAAACAGUUAAAAUAUUCUAAAUUUAGCAUGUUUUUGAACUGAUAUUAAUAGUUUCAGGUGGCUAAAAUAGGUUUUGCUGCUGACCCCUGCUUAGCUUUCGUGUCGGACUCCUGCCUGCUUCUCCUGCUGGGGCAUGCUGACUGACAUCUACUGCAUGUAACACACUGACUAUAGUGAAGUACCUCAUACAGCCCCACUUCAAAAGAGCUGAACUAUCCCUUUAACAGGUUCCUGUGUUUGCCACUAUUCCACCUUUUCUAUUUGAGUUGCACUAAACUGGCCCGUGACGAUCAAGGCUCAAGUCGUAUCAGUUCGGCUUCUGUCAUGGCCAGAAAGAACUGUGGGUACAAAGUCGCUCUGUCGGACUUCAUUGGUAUUUUUUGUCAUAAACACAGGUUCUAAAAGUGGGAGAUGGAGUUUGACAUUUGAUGGGUGUGCAGGCGAAGUCGAUGGAGAGCAGACACGAGACACGCAGUGACGAUAUAGAUGGAUUUUGCAGUUUCAGGGCUUUCUUGUACAUAUGCAACAUAAAGAGAACCGUGAGGCUUUUUUCAUAUAUUGUUGUUGUUUUCUUUGUUGUUGUUAUCUUGUUAUAUGGAAAGUAAACUUUUUUUACAGUAUAGUUGCUCAAAAUAUUUUCCUUCAUUUUUUUUUUUUUUAAAGUCGAUUGAGAAGCUAUAGUGAACAUAACACAUAAAAGAUUCAAUGUAUAUUGUAGCUUAGAGGCAAAGGGGAGAAAAACAAAACCUGUUGAAUGUAAAACCUAAAAAAAGAAAAGUCUUUUUUUUUUUGUUGUCGUCGUUUUAUUUGCUGGCUAGUUCAUACUGCCUGUAGCGCGUCCUGAUUUUGGUAUCCAAAUCUUCUAACACCCACAGCUGUCGCCACACUGCUAAGUCAUAUCAAAUAACCAUGCAGUAUUGCUUUACUAUCUUACUUUGUGCAAUGAGAUGCUUUAUAAUGGAACAAGAACUAACUUGAGCUUUUGGUGACAUCUGGGCGACUUGCUCACGCUGUUGCUGUUUGUCUUUCUCCCUGCCAAAUAGUCAUUUUUCCAAGUAUGUGGUUAUCACCGCUUUGGAUGUUGUGUGUGGUCGUGAUGUUUAAGUUGUUGUUAGGCAGGAUAACCUUCGAUGAAAAUUUUAACCUUGUGGGAAUCUUCAUCCUGCCCUGCACAUUCCAACCGACAGCACGCUUUUAGUGUCUUCCACUCGUAACCUUCCCAUUUCAUUGUCACUACAGUGAUUCUUCUGCGAUCACCUCGUCUUUUGUUUUGUUUUUUUCUUCCCAUUUCCUCUUCUUGUGCUGUCCAGCUUUACUGUGGUCCCACCCAAGCCUUUACCCAGUAUAUUAAGCUAAACUAAACCCUUGAAAUGUGCAUAAAAAAAGCCUUCAUUUUUAUUUCCACGUCAACAAAAAAAAUUGUGCUGCUUUCUUGAAUGUCAGUUUUCAUUUGUUUGUAAACCAGCAGCAGCAAAGCCAAUAGAUCUCCUUCCAAAUCAAAUGUAAUGUAAUGCAUUGCAAUGGCAGCUCCACUCAGUUCUCUGCUUCUUCUACUGUGCUCGUGUUGUUUGUCCAGGCUUUUAUCCCUUUGUUUGUCACAUCUCUCAUUUGAUGACCAUUUUUAUUUUUCUCUUGUUGCGUUUUUACUGAGCCUUACACUGGCUGGCGUGAAAACUGACUUUUGCUUGUUUUUGUUUUCUCAUUGAUUGAUUGAUUGAUUGAUUGAUUGUCUGGUUGAGUUUGAGGUUGUUUUGCAUGUCUAGCAUCGCUCAUUUUUUUGUUCUAUUUUUUGGUUAGGAGAUACAACACUGAAGGGUUUUAUGUGUUAGAUUUUCCCUUUCAGUAACUGAUAACCAGAGGCUGAUGUAGUGUGUUUCCCUCUAAAUGUAAAAAACAAUGCUCGUCGCAGCCUGACACACACAAACGCAGAGCUAAAAGCUUUUUUUUGUUGUUGUUGUUGUUGUUGAGGGAAACGUGACGUCAGCCUCCGGUCUUCACUGGAGGGCAAGAUUUCUCCUGUGUGUGGGCUCGGCCUCUGGUCUUCAUCAGCAGUCCCACGCACACGGAGAAAGCACUUUCUGAGGAGUGGUGCACUCAAGGAGUAUUUGUGUGAAUGUCAAGCCUAUGACUAGUGCUUGAAAAGAUGGAUGACCAUGUAUGAUGCUGAUAAUGUGAUCUAUGUGAUGUAAUGUGACGGAAAGAAAAUAAACCUGAAUGGAAGAAG